UAUCAGCAAUGAAUACAACAGCAGAAAAAGGAAGCUCAAAGUAAAGCGUCUCAUUCGGUCGGUGUCCUGAGCUCAGAGAGCGUCAACCAAGUCACAGUCAGACAUCGGACAGAAGUACUGCUGCUGCUGCUACAACAACUAGUUCUACUGCUGCUGCUACAACAACUAGUUCUACUACUGCUGCUGCUGCUCACAACGGUGCACAUGGCUUGUGCUCUCCAGCGGCUGGUUCUUAGUAACACGCUCCCAGGAGCUGUUGCGGUAACAGUGAUCAAGCGAGGCGCGGAUGUCUAAUGUUUUACUUCCUCGCCGCUGGGACGGACGGAGCGAGCUGCCUCGAAGGAGUUGUAUCUGUGGUGGUGCUGUUCCGUGAAGUAGGGAUAUUAUGUGCCAGCUGAAGGGGACUAAAUGCAGCUUCCUGUUGUGCCUGGGGAUGAGUAUCAUCAUUUGUUCAGUUAUUUACAUGAGGGCCAGGGUCCCGACCGAGCUCAAGCUGGCCGAGCCUCCGAGCUGCAGGCCCUUCUCCGCUGAAUGUAAAGCUUUACUGGCCGGCGCGGACGACGACGUGCAGUGGGACCGGCGGGGCUGCCAGGUGGAAAGCUACGUUGCGAGCAGUCGCACGCAGUGCUCCGAACUGAUCGGAGACCUCCACUUCAUCACGAGGCCCCUCAGUCGCGAGGAGGAGGACUACCCGCUGGCCUUCAUUGUGACCGUUCACAAGGAGCUGGAGCUCUUUGUGCGCCUGCUGCGGGCCAUCUACAUGCCGCAGAACGUCUACUGCAUCCACGUGGACAGAAAGGCUCCAGCCGAGUACAAGGCGGCCGUGCUCAAGCUGGUCGGCUGCUUCAAAAACACCUUCCUGUCCAGCCGCAGCGAGAUAGUGACGUACGCCGGCUUCUCCCGCCUGCAGGCCGAUUUCAACUGCAUGACGGACCUGGCGCGGUCCAAGACGGCCUGGAGGAAGGUGGUGAAUCUGUGUGGACAGGACUUCCCCGUCAUGAGCAACCUGGAACUGGUGCGGUACAUGCAGAGCAAAGAGUGGCGGGACAGAAACAUGACGCCCGGGGUCAAGCAGCCGAGGACCAUGAUGCACAGGACGCAGCUCCGGCACAAGGAGAUAACGGGCUCACACGUGGCUCGGGCGGGCUCCAGGCUGACGAAAGCUCCGCCUCCGCACAAUCUGCAGGUUUAUUUUGGCACGGCGUACUACGCUCUCACCAGGGAGUUCGUGGACUUCGUUCUGAAGAGCCCGGUGGCCCAGGACCUGUUGGAGUGGUCCAAAGACACGUUCAGUCCAGACGAGCACUACUGGGUGACACUCAGUCACAUCGCAGAAGCUCCCGGCAGCUAUCCGGAUGGAGGCUGGGAAGGCAAAAUCCGGGCAAUCAAGUGGAGGGAUCAAGAGGGAACGUCCCACAGUGGCUGCAAAGGGCAUUACAUACGAGACAUCUGUAUCUACGGCAUGGAGGACCUGCCAUGGAUCAUCAACAGCAACAGCAUGUUUGCCAAUAAGUUUGAGAGGGACACGUUUCCCGAGGCCCUGGACUGCCUGGAGCAGUGGCACAGGACCAAGGUGUUGAACCAGGCGACUGUUUCCAUAGAGCCACCGUGGCUGCUGGCCACACGGGGAAACACCAGCAACAGUUACAUAAACGGCACCGUAGGAGCAUGAAAUCGCGGUUGGCUGUAAAACUGCCACUUCCUCUGAGGCAAUGCUAGCACUUUACAGAGGAAGUGGAUCGUUGUUCCACCUGACAGCGACACAUACGUACGUGUGUGUGUGUGAUAAGGGUCCCGAGGAUCUUUAUGUAUUUUAUUUUCAUUGAAAAUAGCCAUGUAUACAACAUCGAGACAACUGCACUAGAAAGGGGCAUUUUAUGACUGAAUAUGAACUUCAUAUUGUUUAAAAUAACUAUUUAUUAUGUUUAAUUUAUUAUUGUGUAGUCCAGUUAAAAAAAAACAAUUGAUAAUGAUUUUUUAUUUAAUAAAAAGGAGAGAAAUUUCCACGUUGACACGUUAAUGUGCCUGUCUGGGAUGUCAAUCAACCACCAAACGCUGGAAAAAACAACCUGCACUGUAAGGAAUUAAUAAGAAUUAAAAAAAUGUUUGGAAGUUCCAGGGUUUGCCCGAAACCCUGAACAAGAGUCUUAAAAAUAGCAUAUGUCUUUUUCAAUAAAAGUGUACCA